GACAGAUUGUCAACAGUCGUCUCCUUUAUCCCGUUGUGUUUGGUCGUUACUUAUCCGCGUGCGGUUGCAAAUAGUUUUCGUUUCGCAAUCACUUGUUCUACUCGUUUUGUGUGUUUGUGUUCUUGUUGUGUCUGUGAUGACGAUGCCUUUAAUGGUUUUCUGCUAAGGAAACGGAAAUUUCCCGUGUGCAGGAUUGUGAUAUUACCAUAGUGUAUUGAAUGGAACUUCGCGUGUGGUCCCAUCAUCUUCACCGAUUAACUGAUUGAACAGUUCUUGUCAAUGAAGUCGUAAUCGUUCGUGUGUUCGAAGUUUGUUUAGCCUGAAAGUUGGAAUCCGGAUCUCGAGCAGGAACUCGAUGGUUUGUUUGGAGAGCAGGAGACGUCUGUUUCUUCCGCACGGCAACAGAAAAGCAGAGCACAGUGGAUCGGUCAAAGAGUGACCAGAGUGAAUGGUCCAAGAGAAAGCUGGUAAAUAAGCCCAUCGCAAGAUGAAGUUCGCAGAGCAUCUUUCCGCCCAUAUUACCCCGGAAUGGCGGAAGCAGUAUAUCAACUACGAGGAAAUGAAGGCGAUGCUGUACACCACCGUGGAGGAGGCGCCCGCCAUGGAAAGCGUCGAGGAGGACAUAAUCAAGCGGCACUUUGCCAAUUUCGAUGAAAACUUUUACCACUACUGUGACGAAGAGCUGAAAAAGAUCAACACCUUCUACUCGGAGAAGCUUGCGGAAGCGACCAGAAAGUAUGCGGCACUGACCGCGCAGCUACGGACGAUGCACGAGGGCCAGCAGCGGACGAAAACCAAAGCUCACACACUGAAGCGGAUCAACCUGCCGUACCGGAAGGCACAGGAGCUGAAGCUGGCCUUCAGCGAGUUCUACCUGAGUCUGAUCCUGCUGCAGAACUACCAGAACUUGAACCACACCGGAUUUCGAAAGAUUCUGAAGAAACACGACAAGCUGCUGCGGUCGGACAACGGUGCCAAGUGGCAGAAGGAGCAGGUGGAAACGAGUCAUUUCUUCACCAACAAAGAUGUCGACAAGCUGGUGAAUGAUACGGAGAUGACGGUGACGAAUCAGCUGGAGAGCGGCGAUCGGCAGAAGGCAAUGAAGAGACUGAGGGUUCCCCCGCUGGGGGAGCAGCAGAGUCCGUGGACCACGUUCAAGGUUGGCCUGUUUAGCGGCAGUUUUGUGGUGUUGUUUGUUGCUGUGAUACUAUCGGCUAUUUUCCACGAAAGCUCGGGAGAGAAUCUAAAGAUUGCCUUCCGACUGUAUCGUGGACCGCUGUUGAUAAUCGAAUUCCUGUUUCUAAUGGGCGUGAAUAUCUAUGGGUGGCGAUCGUCAGGCGUGAAUCAUGUGUUGAUUUUCGAACUGGACCCCAGGAAUCAUCUGUCCGAACAGCAUCUCAUGGAGAUGGCUGCCAUUUUUGGCGUCGUGUGGACACUGAGUCUUCUGAGUUUCUUGUACAGCGCUAGCCUUAGUAUACCACCGUACGUGAAUCCGUUGGCCCUGACGGUCGUGAUGAUUGUGUUUCUGAUGAAUCCGUUCAAGGUGUUUCGGUACGAGGCCCGAUUUUGGCUGCUCAAAAUCAUCGGCCGGAUGGUGGCGGCUCCCUUUUUCCACGUCGGUUUCGCCGAUUUCUGGCUGGCUGAUCAGUUGAAUAGUUUGGUGACCGCACUGUUGGACUUCCAGUUUCUCAGUUGUUUCUACAUGACCAAUGGGAACUGGCUGGAGGCGGGCAGCACAAGUCAAUGUAUGGAACAAAGCUAUAUUAUUCGACCGAUUGUGAACUGCCUGCCGGCUUGGUUCCGUUUCGCUCAAUGCCUCCGGCGUUAUCGGGACACGAAGGAAGCUUUUCCACAUUUGGUUAACGCCGGGAAGUAUUCAACUACCUUCUGUGUGGUUAUAUUUGCCACCCUCCGGAGUUUUCAUGCUUCGGAAUACGAAGAUGCCUAUGAUAACCCUUACCUUUGGAUGUGGCUUCUCAGUUCGGUAGUAUCCUCCUGCUAUGCGUACACUUGGGACAUCAAGAUGGAUUGGGGUUUGUUCGACAAGAAUGCCGGUGAAAAUACCUGCCUCCGAGAGGAAAUCGUCUAUUCUACUCCUUUCUUCUACUACUUCGCCAUCAUCGAGGACCUCGUGUUGCGAUUCGUGUGGGCCGUCUCGUUUGUUCUCACCGAGAACAAGAUUGUCUCGGGAGACCUCAUGACGUCGGUUCUCGCCCCGCUAGAAGUGUUCCGACGUUUCGUGUGGAAUUUCUUCCGGCUGGAGAACGAGCAUCUCAAUAACUGUGGUAAGUUCCGUGCUGUGCGCGACAUCUCCAUUGCUCCGCUCGACUCCAACGAUCAGAUCAUCAUCCUGAAGAUGAUGGACGAUGAGGACGGUGUUAUGAACAGAGACACCAAGCAUGGCAGGGCCAAGCACAAGAAAAACAAGGAAGACAAGAAGCCAUUGCUGCCAACGUUCAGGGGCUCCCUACAGGAUCUCAACGUGGACAUCAGUAGUUCGAAAAAACUCUGAGCCAAAUAUUGCUCAAUGGUUUUUGGAUAAUACAAAAAAAAACUAUGUACAAAGCUGUACUUAUCGUGAUAAAGAUGGAAGUGUAGUUUGCCAAAAACGUAAAAACAAGCCAAUAUGAAACACAGUUACAGAGCAAUCCAUCUUAUAAAUCAGCCUAGAAGAGCAACGACGAUAUUUAGAGCGAAUUCCCACAUUCCUUCAACAAUUCAGCUCAAAAGUACGGCCGCCGCCAUGAAGAAUGUGUACACGAAUUUCAACUAAUUCUAAGUGAUGCCUUAUUAGGGGAAUGUAUGUACUUCCAGUUUUUUUUAGAAUCAAAGGUUAGAACCGAUGCAAUAAGUUAGUAAAUUAGGAAUAAAAUUUAAUCGCACCGAACGGAAACCGAAGAGUCUUUGGACGCAUUAGGAACAAUGUCAGCUAGAAUCCACUGUUAAUUUUAUUUAGCUAUGGCAGUAUUACUUAUCACGAUUUUGAGCUUUUGUGAUUAUUUUUAAAAUUUUAUAAUUAACGAUACAGGCUGGUACUGAGACCGGAACAAAGCUUGGGGUUGAGACAUAAAAAUUUUUUUAGACUAGAUAUUGUACAAUUUGCAGAUUCCACAUUUAUUGUUGUUAGAAAAGAAGUACGGAAAUGAUAGAAAAGUGUUGAAAAUUAUCUGUUGAAUCCGUUUUGAUUGAUAAUAUCGCAAGUUGUGAUUUCAUUCCAAAUGAAAAGGGAAAUAUAAAACUGA